CAAAAAGGACUUGUAAUGAUAUUUUCCACUCUCUUUGAACGGGUUUUUCAUUCUGCUCCCAACCAUCGCCAAGCCAACACCAAAACCAUCAUGAAUUUCUUCCCGAUGCUGGUCCUCCUUGCAGCCUGUCUCCUGAUUCGUGUCAAUGGUUCCCAGAAUUCGGCUUCUUUGCCUACCUCAGGGCUCGCGCCAACCAGACGUGACUACUUCUCCGAUAAGUCACCUAAGAGUGACUACUACUCCAGAGGGUCACCAAAGAGUGACUACUCCUCCGAUAAGCCACCCAAAAGUGACUUCUUCUUCUUGCCCGAAGAGGUCCUCAAAUUAUUGGCUGGUCGCUAAAACUAAGCCAUUAGAAGAUUUUUACAACAAUUUGGCAAAAUAAAAGUGAAUACAAGAAAAUUCAAAUUGA